GUUAACUCCUCUGUUUUUUCUUGUUAUGCGGUUCAGAUACGAUUACCUCCUGAGGUGAACAGAAUCCUGUACAUCAGAAACCUUCCCUACAAGAUCACAGCUGAGGAAAUGUAUGAUAUCUUUGGGAAAUAUGGACCAAUACGUCAAAUCAGAACAGGGAACACACCUGAAUCACGAGGAACAUCUUACGUGGUUUAUGAAGACAUCUUCGACGCCAAGAACGCCUGCGACCAUCUGUCGGGUUUCAACGUCUGCAACCGCUACCUGGUGGUCCUCUACUACAAUGCAAACAGAGUAUGUAUCAGUGUUACAGUAGCAGGGUUUCUCCUAGGGUUUUUCAGGCAGUAGAAACUUACCAUAAUU